AUGCUAAAUAUCACAAGAAAGAUCCCUUGCUUCAUUCGCUGCAAAAGUUUCUCUACUAGCAGUUCCGUCUAUGCGAAAAAGAAGGCCAGUAAAAAAGAUGCGCCUACUGAGAAGGUUCUGCUGGGAAGACCUUCCAAUAAUCUGUCAAUGGGUGUCGUUGGUUUGCCCAACAUUGGUAAAUCAUCUCUGUUCAAUGCUUUGACAAACAGCAGUGUUCCUGCAGAAAACUACCCAUUUUGCACCAUUGAUCCAUCUGAAGCUCGAGUUCAAGUGCCUGAUGACAGGUUUGAUUGGCUAGUAGAUACCUAUAAACCAGAUAGGAUCACACCUGCCCAUUUGACCGUUGUGGAUAUCGCUGGCCUUGUGCGAGGUGCGUCGCAAGGUGCUGGCCUCGGCAAUGCAUUUCUAUCCAACGUAGCAUCAGUGGAUGCCAUCUAUCAUCUUGUCCGAACCUUUGAAAACGACGAUGUCACGCAUGUAGAAAACACAAUCAAUCCUGUGCGAGAUUUAGAGAUUAUCCAGAACGAGCUUCGUAUAAAGGACGAGGAAAUGUUGGAGCGUCAAUUGAUCGAGUUGGCAAAAUUAGCCAAAUUCCCUGAUUCAAAGCGAUUACCAGGAACAAUGUCGAAGAAGGAGGAAUUGACCAUUGUGGAGAAACUAGCUGAAUUUAUGGCUCAGGGUAGAGAUGUUAGAAAAGGAGACUGGAACAACAAUGAAGUCAAUACAAUCAAUAGCCUACAUUUGCUGACAGCCAAGCCUAUGAUCUAUCUCUGCAAUUCCAGUGAAGAGGACUUUAUAAAUGGCAAUCAGAGCAAGCAUCUCCCAGACAUCCAGAGAUGGGUAGACGAAAACAACAAGGGCGAUCUGAUUAUCCCUCUUUCAGUAUCAGUAGAAUCCAAACUGGCUGACAUGUCAAAGGAGGAGGCCGAGGCUUAUUUGAACGACAACGGCAUUCAGUCUCAAUUGCCUCGAGUUAUCUUGGCUGGCUACAAAGCACUUGAUUUGAUCCACUAUUUCACAUGCGGCAAGCAAGAAGUGAGGGCAUGGACCGUUAGAAACAAUGCAAAAGCCCCUCAAGCAGCUGGCGUCAUUCACACUGAUUUCGAAAGAGGCUUCAUUUCUGCCGAGAUUAUAAAAUACCAAGAUUUGAAAGAGCUUGGAUCAGAAAGCGCAGUAAAAGCAGCUGGUAAAUUCCUGCAGAAGGGCAAAGAAUAUGUCAUGGAGGAUGGCGACAUUGCACAUUUCAAGUUUAAUGUGACCAACAAGAAAAAGUAG